UUAUAUUGGCUAGAAGCUGAAGUCCUCACUAGGACCAGUGAGAUUAAGCCAGGAACAUUAAUGUCGGUCAAAUCCGACGAUCCAUAUACCUUGUGGCACCGUCGCUUCGGACACGCCAGGAAGAAAUCAGUUGUUCAACUACCUGGUAAUGUCAAAGGCGUCCUGGAUAAAAUCUCAGCUCCAACCAGGGAUACUCCCUGUGAUGGGUGCAAAUUCGGGAAGUCUCGUCGCGAUGCUUUUCCUGCGUCUGACAGUUGUGCAGAUCAUCCCCUCGACUUAAUUCACAUGGAUCUUGUCAAAUAUCCGUCGUUAUCACUCGACGGGUACAAGUUUGCCCUUACCACCCUCGACGACUAUUCCUCAUUUUACUAUUCCUCAUUUGGUUUGGUCUGGUAUCUGAAACGGAAGUCUGACGCCUUCUCUGCCUUCAAGCAAUUUGUCACUUGGGCGGAAACACAGGCCGAGCGCAAGCUCAAGGCUAUACGUUUGAACCGUGGAGGGGAGUUUUUAGGCCGUGAAUUCAACGAUUUCCUAGCAGAACGCGGAAUAGAGCGUCAACUCUCAGUGGCGCGAACACCACAACAGAACGGCAGAGCAGAAUGCUGGCAACAAACCAUACAGAAUAAGGCGGAAGCUAUGCGACAUCAUGCUGGCAUGACGUCUGGGUUCUGGAAGCUAGCAUCAGAGACCGCAGUACAUAUAUAUAAUCGACAACCUCUGCGCUGUCAUCAAUGGAAGCCACCCAUCACUAAAUGGAAUGGCACUGUUCCGGACGUAUUGUACUUUCGAGUAUGGGGCUGCAAAGCCUAUGUCCACACACAUAAGGAUGUGAGGGUCAAUAAGUUACAGCCAAAGGCUAAAGUCAUGAUCUUCAUCGGAUACAAAAUUGGUACAAAGGGUUACCGAUUCUGGGAUCCAACUGCCUGGACCAUCGUUGUGUCACGCGACGUCACCUUCGAUGAGUCUUCCUUCCCCAAGCGAGACGAUAGGCCUCGUGAGCCUGGAAUGUCUCAAGAUCCACUUCCACCUGUUCUACCCGACCUGCCAAACCCAGACCUAACCAGUCCGGAUGACUUCACACCUGAUGAUCAUUCCCCAGACAAUGCACAUCCACAACCGCGGCAAGACGAACCGCAACAAGAGGAUGAUGACAAAAUACCAUUUGCUCCUGGUCCACCUUCUGGACCACCUCCACCUCAGAGAGAACACUAUCGUCCUCAUCAGAGCGGACAAGCCAGUCCAUCUCGUCAGGCAGCACCA